CCAUUCAGUUUCCCGGGCACAUUCAAAACCCAAUGUAUUAGGUUAUGUAUGAAUUUAGUUAUUUUUCAUGAAGCGUAUCACAACAGGCCUAUCACGGUUUAAAAUGUUUGCUUAAAAUUUAAAUUACUCUAUUCUAUAUUUUUACUAUUUUUAGUCUCUAGUAUAAUAAUACGAUCUAAGAUAUUUCUUAAGUGUAUGUGACAUGUGUUUAACUGUAAGCUGUAUACGUUUAUUAUGAACUGUGAGACAUGCCAAACCGACUGGCGACUAAGGACACGAUACUCGGAUGCAUCAUACACCAGCUGCCGGCUUUUAUAAGAUCAACUACUCGUUCAUUGUUAAUUGCUACCUAUAAAGUGCGGAACUCCUUACUCCAUAGUCCAUACUGGCAUAGUACGUGAAAAUAAUCAACCGUUCAUACUUCAUUCGACCGUAACAACAACUGCUCACAUUUGUUCACUGAACUGUAUAGACUUCAGUGCAUUCAUUUAAUGUCUAUUAGUAAUGCAAUAUGCAUAUACCGCAGGAUUGAUAAAAUUUAUUAUGUAGUUCUAAUUGCGUAUUUGCGUUACCGAUAAAACUACCGAAAAUGAUUCGAUUGAACGUUCCUCUGGUAUCUAACAAAAACGUUCUCAAUAAUUUAUUCGAGAAAAACAUUUGUACGGUGAACGACUUCCUCCAAAAGAAAACUUCCAAUUUGCAAAGCGUAUGCAAUUUAAAAUGCAAGGAAAUAACAAAACUAAAAGAUACCAUGACAGUAAAGUGUUCAUCACCAUUAACUAAUGGAUACACACUUUAUUUAAGUAAAACAUUAUCGACAUUCAUUCAAACUGGAAUUCUUAAAUUAGAUAACCUACUUGAUGGAGGAUUAUUUGUUGGUAACAUAUAUGAACUGUGUGGCCCAUCUGCUUGUGGAAAAACCCAACUAUGUAUUAGUAUUCUAUUAAAUAUUAUAAUAACUACAAAAAAAGAUAUAGUUUACAUAGAUACUAAAAACAAAUUUUCAGUGAAAAGAAUUAAACAAAUGUUGAAAAAUAAAAAUAUGAAAAAUAAUGAAAUUAAUGAUAUUUUGAAGAAAAUUUAUGUGUACUCGGUUAUAGACAUUUACAAUUUAAUUACUUGCUUACAUGGUCUAAAAGAAAAGUUGGACCCUAUCAUAAUCAUAGAUUCUCUACCUGCACUAUACCUAUCAUUUAUAGGAUUUUAUAAGAAUGAUGGUUUAUGCUAUAUAAAUCAUAUAAGUUCAGUUUUAAAAUAUUUAUGCAAUAAAAAUGCGACAAUUUUGGUAACAAAUUUAGCUGUAAAAAAUUGUGAUUUUACAAAUGAUUUCAAGCCCGCUAUUGGAAAAUAUUGGUUUCAUAUACCCAACACAAGAUUAAUGAUCACUACGAUAAUAAAUCAACAACAGCAGAUGUGUAUAAAUAUUCCAAAAAGUGUAUAUAUACCUUUAGAUAAUAAAUGUAUAUUAAGUAUUAAUGAUUAUGGAGUUUCAUAAAUAUCCUUUAAUACUUCAUGUUUAUAUUAAGAUUUUAAGAAUAAAAAUUGUUAAAGCGUCAAAGUAUAAAUUAUGUCAUUAUUUUAAUAUUAAACACAAUAUUAAUUGAAUAAAUAGUCAGAAUCUUGACUUCAAUAACUAUAUACAGC